UGCUGUAAACAAUAUGGCCGACAUUCCUGUUUACUAAUAUUUUCUCUCGUUUUGCUCCACUUUACCUGAUCAUUCUAGAAUUUAUUAUAUUUAUAUAUUUAGAGUCAACUCAGUUAUCCAUGAAAAGUAAAGAUGAUGGACUAUGAGCCGAACUAUGGGACAAGUCUGGCCUCCACCAAAAGUCCAAGCCAAAUGCGAUCAAAGAACACAUUUCAGCAGGAGCUUGAUGCAAAGAUGAGGCACCGACGUUCAAUGGGUUUAACUGCUGAUCUCACUACUGAGGAUGAGUCUGAUGACGAUGGUCUUGGAAGCGAUGAUGAACUAUUAUCUGGCUUCAACAUGACGUCGAAGCCUCGAAGGCAGGAUCGUCCCGGCUCUGCUAAGAGAAGAGAAGACCCAAUGGCUAGGACGUACGGUGGUGCUAGUGGUGGUGCCACCGGUGGUUGGGAACCGCCCGGAGCAAAGUCAAGGACUUCACCAAGAUUUGACCCGAAGAGUCCCACAUCAGAUGGUCUCCUGGCUGAGGAUAUCCUGAGCAGUCAGAAGAAGUCGUACAUGAAGAGUUCCAAAGCACAAGCUGGAAAAGGUCCUAAAGAGGAGGAAGAAAGGCCUUUGACAAAACAGGAGAUCAUAUUUGGAAGGAAGUCCCCCAGAGAAGCUGAUAGACGGAGCCCACAACCACGAGGUAAUUUUGAUGAGAGUGGAAAAUGGCAACCUCCCAGUUUCCGCAAAGCUGCUCCCGAGGAUUUGGAGAGAGAUGCUAGGAGGUCACCAGCUUCUUUUGGUAGAAAAACACCUGACCAUUUAGAAAGUAUAUCGGAAUCGCCAAAACCACAGCCACGGAAACGGGGAGGAAAAUAUGGUGAGCUGGAUGACUCUUCCAGGUCUCGGCACCACCUCCGACCCCUUGCCACCUCGCAGGCCACCUCACAGGCUGCCCCACGCCCUUUACCACAGCCUCGGAGUGUGCACAAAAAAGUAGAUGAUGAUGUAAGCUUCUCAUCUGGCAGACCUCAGCCCAAACCACGAGGGACAAUAAAAGAGGAGAAGGCAAGUGAACGUCAGCCAAAAGGUCAUGAGAAGACCACAACUCCAAAACCUCAGAAGAGGGGUACUCCUGAUAUUUUUGGCACUGGACGAAAAACGCCAAAUUAUUUGUUGGAUUCUGAUGAGAGUGAUGAAGAACUGACAAAGUCAAAGAAAUCGUACUCGAAGACGUCAACUAAAGAAUCCGAAGGUCGCAAAACGCCAACCGGUAAGAAAACUCCAACAGGACGACUGACACCGACCGGCAGGCAGACACCCACAGAUCGUAAGACACCAACUGGUCGUCAUGGGUCACCAGUGCCCACUGCCGCUGCAAGGAAGGGGGUUGGACAUCAAGAUGUGAAGGGCAGGGCACAGUCGCCCAAGGGGCGGGCACAAUCGCCCAAGGGCCGCAAUGACGAAGUGGACGAACCUAAGAGACAGUCGAGUGUGCUUGAUUUCUUGAUGGAAAAAGACAAGCCUAAGGAUGAUAAGGACACACGUACAGGCCAUCGAAGGGCUGACUCAAAAGAUUCUAUCAGCUCAGAACUCAUGCGUGCCAGGCGGGAAUCUCCUCUUAAAGAUAUCAUCAACCGUCGGACACCAUCGCCAAAGGGUCGAAUGUCACCCACAAAAGAGAGAGUCACGCCGAAAGAGCGACAAAGUUUUUCAAAAGAUCGAAAAUCACCGGUAAUAGAGCGUAUCACAGCACAAGAACAACAUGCCACUUUCUCUGCGCGUCCAAUGACUCCAGAGCGUGAGGUGCAUGCAGCGACGCGGGGGCGACCAAUGGCCAGAGGCAAGUCUGAGGAGAGGGAGAGUUCAUUGUGCCGGGAUAUCGACCAUGAUCCAGAAUACCAAGCACAUAAGGAGAAGUACAAGGAAGGUGAACGGCAACAGAAAAAGAAGACUCAGGCUCCGCAGAGCCGUGAACAUCAAAAAAUAGGUGAUGCUAUCGAGCAGGUUGCUGAUCUGAAUGAAGAGACUAGUCGUACCAUGAGAUACAUCGAGCCAGAGGAUGAAGCGGCAGAAAAAAAAUCCACUGAAACGCAAAAGCCAUUAUCUGCCACUAUGACAAAGAAAGUCCGUCCACAAGCCAGAUAUGCUAAGCCCCAAAUAGAACCCGACACACAGAAAUCUGAGCGAUCUUAUGAUAGCACCGCAUCCAUUCGUCAGUCGAUCUUCAAUGAUUGGUAUUCCCAAAAAAUGGACAGAUCAAAACAGGAGUUAAUCGAGAAGAAAAAGAAAGAGAAGGAGGAAGAGGAAAAGAAGAAGAAGGAUAAAGAAGAAAAAGUGACCGAGUCAAAGCUUGCUUUCCGAGCGUGGGAAGAACAGAAAAAGGAAUAUUUGGAUAAGAAAUUUAGAGAGAAGAAACGGAAGGAAAAGGAGGAGAGAGAGAAGAAACAAGAAGAGGAAGGGAAAAAGACAGAAGCAGUUUUGGCUUUUAAAUCUUGGAAACAAAACAAGGAUGCAGUGAUCAAGGAAAAGUUGUCUAAAGAGAAGCAAGAGCAGAGGAAGAAAGAACGCGAAGAAGCUAGGAAGAAGGAGGAAAAACUCAGGGAGAGUAAAAAGGUGCAAGAAAAAUGGCACGAGAAGAAAGAAUAUGUGCUGACUUCAAAGGAGAAAAAAGAGAGGGAAGCAAAACGAGAGUCGAAGCGACGAGAGGCGGAAGAGAAGAGACAGAAGGAGGAGGAAGCGAUGGAAAGCUAUGAGAAGUGGAUGGAGAACAAGGUAGUGAAACAAGACAGAGAGGAGCAGGAGCGUAGACGAAGCGGUACCAGGCGCCAUGACAUGUCAACAGAAUCAUUAGACGAGCGGGCACCGUGGAGUCCUGCAGGGAGAACUAUUCCAUUCGGGCGUGCGUAGGUCAUUCUGUGAGCAAUCCUCAUUUGGACUGGUGGUUUCAAUAUAGGAGAUUUUGCUCUGACUUGGCAUGCCAUCCUGAUGUGGGUGGUUGUCUAUUGGUCUGCAAUCAAACCUAAAAUUAUUCUGGAAAUCCUGCCACAUGAUGCUGUUGUGACUGCCUCUAGUUACUGUCCUUUUUAUGACAUUUUACCCGCCAACAAGGAAUAUUUUUUUAACGUAUUGUCGUCAUUUAAUGAUGAAUCGGGAGAUUAGCACACAGAAUAAUUUGCACUGUGCUCAUCUUUUGUGGGCAGUCAUUCCAUCCAAUGUAUAGUAUUUAUCUAUUGUGAUUUGUAAAUGUAGAAUACUCGUAUGUAUCGGUAGUUAUAAGUAUCACUGACAAAUAUUGAUAUUUGUAUUGUAAUUGUGAAUUUCUUUCAAAUUCUGUAAAUAUGUACUGGGAGAGAGUGGUCCUGUAGGAGUAAAUAAUCUAUAUUCGGAGAAAUAAUUUCAUCAUUGUCAUCAUCAUCAUCAUCCAAUUUAAAUUUUUUACGGUAACUUCUCUUUCAAUGUAGUUAUCUCCCACCUUAUCUUGCUCCUGAUAAUUUGGAUGCAUAUGAUCAAAUUUUUGAUAUGAUGAACAUUGAACUAGAUGACUUAUAAAUAAAGUAGUCUGGCCAAAACAA